CUUGCCCUACCUCAUCCUCAUAAUCACCUUGGUGCUGUGCUCUAUCCUGCUGGCCACUCUCGCCAUACUGAUCAUCGUCAUCGUGACAAGACACAGGAGGAAACGGCUGGACUCCAUAGACACCGCGAUCAGCUAUGAUGACCUGGCCAAGCCUGGGCUGACCACCAUGGAGGUGCAGCCGGAUCUGAGGGCCUUGGAGCUUCGAGGGGACAACAGGGCUUUUGUGCCGUUUUCCCCGCUGACGUCUCGGAGAUUUGGCCCCCAGGCCCAGUUUGAUGCCCAACGUCGCCUCAUCCCAGUCCCAGAAGAGGAAGGUAGCGCUGACGAGGGUCGACAAGCCAAAGGCGCCCUCUUCAACUUCCCGCCAUACGACUACAGCAACGGUAACCUGGGCGAUGCUGAAGGUGAAGGUGAUGGAGAGGUUGAGGACGAUUUACUGGAAGGAACAUCGGCUGCCAACCUGGGACAAGCUCGACAGACCUCAUACAGCAGGGAUCAGCACAGAACCUCGACCAACUCUGGAACCUGA